UUUCCUCUGUCGUCUUUUCUGUCUUCAAUUUCUGCAUAGCUGAGCAGGUGUGCAUUAACUCCACAGAUGACAUCAGUUUCAAUGGUGAUAACUAUGCACACUGGCACCAUCUUUAGAAGAGUAAGGAAUGGGGGUGCAAAAUCAUAAAUAAUUUUCCCUUAAGCCCCAACAUGGAAUCCACCUGGGUACAUGUUUUUAUUUGACCACAAUAUAGUAAAUCAUCAUCAUCGUUUGGACUGUACUAACAGGUGGGGCUUAAAAAGACAGUUGGGAAAUUUCCUGCAGUCCGUGACGGCAGCACCGGGACACGGUGUGCUGUUCCACAUCCUCGGCCGUCGGGAGUGCGUUUGGAUCCGUCAUUUCGCUGCAGCUCGGUGAGGGUUGUGUCUCGGUGAUUCUGCGCUUCUGCCCGUCCUUGUAACGGAGCCGGUGUUUGCUGCUGCGAGGGCGUCUCCGUGCAUCUCUGUCACUGCAUCUCCCUGCAGACUGAAGACGCGCCAGCUGCGUUCACGCAGAUCAAAUCUAAAGUAAAGCUGCUGUGGAGGAAGAGCCUAUGCAGAACGAUGGACUCUGCCUUCAUAAUAGAACACAAGAGGAGCCCUGGCUUGCUGUCUGCUUCUUCUGCCCACCACCUCCUCUCAACUCAGACCUUCUGGCUACCUAAAGCUGUGAGAACCAGAGCCGUAGAUUCAGGAUCUUCUGGGCUGAGGCCAGCUAAGCCUACACUAGCAAUCUUAGGGUCUGGUGACUUUUCCAAGAGCCUGACAUUUCGUCUGUUACGUUGUGGGUUUUGUGUGGUGGUAGGUAGCCGUCAUCCUAAACUAGCAGCUCAGUCGUUUCCUCAUGUUGUGGAUGUUACACACUAUGAAGAUGCUGUACUGAAGGCUAACAUAGUGUUCCUGGCAAUCCGCCGUGAGCACUACUCUGUCCUGUGGGAUCUCAAGCAUCUGAUGGAAGGGAAGAUCCUGGUUGAUGUGAGCAACAACAGGAGGGUGAACCAGUACGCAGAAUCUAACGCCGAGUAUCUGGCCUCACUUUUGCCAGACUCUGUUGUGGUAAAAGGUUUCAAUGUCAUCUCGGCAUGGGCCAUGCAACAGAGCUACCCCAAAGAUGCAAGUACACAGGUCUUUGUUUGCAGUGAUUCCUUGGAAGCUCGACAACAGAUUAUGGAAUUAGCCCACCAGCUCCAUUUCCAGCCGGUGGACAUGGGCACCUUGUCCUCAUCCCGCUAUAUUGAGAAUAUUCCAAUACGAUUAUUCCACGGUUGGAAAGGCCCUGUCCUCACCGCCGUGGCCUUUUCUAUUUUCUUUUUUUUUUAUUCUUUUGUUCGUGAUAUAAUUUAUCCAUAUUUUAAGUAUAAACAAAGUGACUUCUACAAGAUCCCAAUAGAGAUAGUAAAUCAGACCCUGCCCACCGUUGCCAUCACACUCCUGGCCCUGGUGUACCUGCCUGGCCAGCUGGCAGCGAUCCACCAGCUGUAUUAUGGUACCAAAUAUAAACUUUUCCCAAAGUGGCUUGAAGACUGGCUGCAGAGUAGGAAGCAGCUUGGUCUCAUCAGCUUUUUCCUGGCUUCUGUCCAUGGACUCUACAGCCUCUGUCUGCCCUUCAGAAGAUCCGAGAGGUACCUGCUUCUCAACUCUGCCUACCAACAGGUCCAUGCAAAUGUGGAAAAUUCUUGGAAUGAAGAGGAAGUGUGGAGAGUGGAGAUGUACAUUUCCUUUGGCAUUAUGAGUUUUGGGCUCUUGUCUAUUCUGGCCAUCACAUCCAUUCCUUCAAUCAACUCUACUCUCAACUGGAGGGAAUUUGGCUUUAUACAGUCCACUCUGGGCUAUAUAGCUCUACUCAUCGCCACCUUCCAUGGGUUGCUGUUUGGCUGGAAGCAAGCCUUUGAGAAGAAUGCUUAUCACUUCUACCUACCUCCCAGCUUUGUGGUGGCCCUUGUUCUGCCAGUGUGUGUCAUUCUGGGAAAGACAUUAAUGUUAAUGCCCUGUGUAGCCUGCAAACUCAAGAAGAUUCACAUGGGGAUGGACAGAAGUCAGCAUUGGUGCCAGCGCCUGGAGCCCGUUGGGUCAGCUGCCAAUGUGUCACCUGAGAGAGUCACCAUAAUGUGAUCACAACGUCUGCUACAUGGGUAAAGGAAAGUUUAGGCAUUGAUUGCCAGUCUAAUAGUAAAUAUAUUUUACCAAAAUAAAAAGGUUUGUUGCAAACAGUAGCUCUGUCAGCUAAUAUUCUGUCAUAUGUGGGAAACAUUUACGCCAACCCCUCGAGUUAUUUCUUUAAUAAAGAUAAAUAAUUGACUGUGAUUUGAAUGUUAAACUGAUCCAAGCUUCUAGCCCAAGGGUCUGCAACCUGACUGUGUGAGUUACAGUAAGUUACUGUGUGGAGGUAAUGUUCUCUAAGUGUACAGAACAACUUAUAUACUUUUUAUUUACACUGGGUUCUAAACUAAUAUCAUGGAGUGAUAGUAUAAUGGGGUUAUUUACAUCUUUUCUUCCCACUCCCUAUCAAGCAAUCUUAAUAUCUCUUAUCUAUCUAUAUCCAAGGAUGGAUGGAUUUUAUUUUUUCUUUCCUCUUUUUUUUGGGGGGGGGGGUAUUUAAUUUCAAGAGCAGUGCGUGUGGACUGAUUUUAAGCUUAAAAUAAUUCAUGCAGAAAAAUGUUUAAAAGUGUAUAAAUUAAAAAGUAUAAAGGCUGCAAAAACAUAAUGCAGUGUUGAAUUUGUAGUGUUAAAGACCCUUUUUUAUAGACAAUGUAGUAUAACUAUUUGAUAUUGUCUUCCCUUUCAGGUCAAAAUAUGUACAAAUUAUAUUUAGGCUACAAAUGCCCCCAAAAUUACUUCAGGAUCUUUGUUCCGUCAGUUUUUAACAAGACCACUCAACAUGAUUUCUGACUAUACGUAUCUCAAUGCCUCAGAAAGAACAAAGAGGCUUACUUAUAUUACUGUUUUAGAACAUUUUAGAUUCACACCUUAUUUCAAGGUCGGAAAAUAUUAAGGUUGGCUAUAAUGAUUGUUAAAAAAAAGAAGAAAAAACAAUUGUUAGAUGUUGCUUUUCUUUUUUGUAAUAUAAACUACAUUAAGGUGUGAUGCAGUCAUAAUGAACCUAUCUCUUCAUGGCUGUGUUGAUCCUCCUCACUCCCCCCUCUUGAGCUUGAUACACUAUGAAGCACAAGGGCAAAAGAAUUGUAAAAGAUUUUAAUUCUUAAUGGUGAAGUACAAUAAACAUGGGAAUCAUUAGUUGUAAGAAAUGUAUGAGUUUGAUGUACUAAUGUUAUUGUAACUGGACAUAAUUUCAUCAAAUGAUUUACAAUUACAAUUUUGGAGGAUAUGUGCGUAUGGGGGGUAGUCUUUGUGUUACAUUGAAAAUAAAUAAACAUAAAUGUUAAAUUAAGAAA